AUGUUAGUACCAGAGGAGUUCUGGCCCUUCACAGACCACUUGGGGAAUAAAACUUCGCAGAGAUGUCUCUCCAACAAUACCAGCACUUCGCCUCUUGAUUACUCCGUCCCUCUACUCAUGCUGCAGAUUUCUCUUGCAUCCUUAACAACUGUAGUCACCUCUGUUCUUCUCAAGCCUCUCGGCCAACCCCUCAUGGUUGCUCAAAUCUUGGGUGGUGUCCUGCUAGGUCCUUCUGCUUUGGCACAUAGCAAGACGAUCGCAAGAACAUUGUUUCCAUUACAGAGCUUUGUAAUGUUGGAUGUAAUUGCAACACUGGGAAUCAUGUUCUAUUUCUUCUUGAUUGGAUUGUAUAUAGACCCAUGGAUAGUAAAGAAAAUUGGAAAGAAAGCAUAUGCAAUAGGAAUUUCAGCUUUCAUCUUUUCCACUGUUUCACCUUUGUUUGGUUUUUAUUAUGUGUAUGACUCCAUUACCGACCAAUCCUUGAAAGAUUCAGUUCCCUUUAUAAUGAGGGCAGAGGCGAUCUUCACAUUCCCUAUCAUUGCUCGUUAUCUCUACGAACUCAAUAUCAUAAAUUCAGAGUUCGGUGGAGUAGCAUUGUCUUCGUCAAUUGUUGGUGGCCUAUUAAGCAUUUUAUACCAAAUGUGUCUUAACAAUUACAAUGUCAUUGUUGUACCAGGAGUUGUCAGUUCUUUCUUUUUUAUGCUGGGCAUUAUCUUCAUUGUCCGACCAGUGGCAUUUUGGAUGAUCAAACGGAAUAAGGAGAGCGACACAGCUUCCAUCUAUUCCAUUUUUGUAGCGGUCUUAGUAACUGGUUUAGCAGGCCAUCACAUUGGCUUCCAUAUCAUAAUGGGGCCUUUUAUUCUGGGCGUAGCUAUACCUCCUGGGCCACCUUUAGGAGCAGCCCUAGCGGAGAGGCUUGAAGUCAUUGUUUCAUGGAUUCUUAUGCCAAUCUACUUCCUCAAAAUUGGUUUAGCAGUAAAUAUUUAUGUCAUGAAAAUGACAAAUGUUCAGGAUGUGGGGUUGGUAAUCUUUGUUUGCUGCUUUGGGAAAUUUUUGGGAGCCUUUAUAGCUUCUCUCAGUUGCAGGUUACCCUUGUUGGAUGCUCUCUCACUUAGCCUUGUCCUCAAUGUCACAGGUGCCCUCGAGCUGUUUAUAGUAGAAUCAAUUAGAAGAAGACAGCAAUUAAACUAUGAAAGCUUUGUAAUGAUGUGCUCUUCCAUGUUGGUCAUAACAAUGGUGAUCACAUUCUUACUAAAAACGUCCUAUAAUCCUUCAAGGAGAUACCUUAUUUACAGCAGAAGAACUAUUAUGGAGUCAAGACCCAACCUCGAACUUAGACUGCUGGUGUGCAUCCACAAUGAAGAAAAUGUUCCCUCCCUCAUCUGCAUUCUUGAAGCCUCCAAUCACACCCAAAGUGAUCCCAUUGCUGCCUAUAUUCUUCAUUUGGUAGAGCUUGUUGGUCGUGCCACACCACUAUUCAUCUCUCACAAAUCAUCAUCUAUAUACAAUUCUUCUAAGGCAAAACUCUCCAAAAGCAUUGUUAAUGCUUUUAGGCAGUACGAGGAUAACAAUAAAGAGAGUAUCACAGUGAGCACCUUCACGGCUGUCACUCCAGUUGCUUCUAUGUAUGAUGACAUUUGCAAGCUUGCACUUGAAAAGAGGACUUCCCUUAUACUUCUUCCCUUCCAUGAGCAAAGAGCUACUAGGAUAGGCAGCAUGUCGGAGUCAUCUCGUAUGGGCUCUAGGACUAUGAACCAAAGAGUCCUUGACAAUGCCCCUUGUUCUGUUGCAAUCCUUCUUGAAAGGGGGCUUUGGAGCAAAUCUAUGUCCGCUUUAGCAAGUUGGUCUCCAUUUCGUGUUGCUGUAUUGUUUCUUGGUGGUCCUGAUGAUAGGGAGGCAUUAGCCUUGGGGAUUCGAAUAACUGGACAUCCCAAGGUUAAUCUCCUGGUAAUUCGAAUCCUUCCAGUCCAUGAUGCAACCAGUGAAACAGAGGAAAAAAUAAAGCUCGACAAUUAUAUGAUUAAUGAGCUUAAAUAUUACAAGGCAGAUGAUGAUCGGAUCAGAUAUGUUGAGGAAAGAGUGAUGGAUGGGAGUGGAACUCUCCGUGUAAUUCAGUCACUUGAGAAUGAUUACCAACUUAUUAUGGUGGGGAGACAACAUGAUGAAAGCUCACCAGUUAUGUCGGGACUUGCAGAAUGGGAUGAGUCUGAGUCCACAGAGCUAGGAACAAUUGGGGACAUAUUGGCCUCAUCAGAUUUUAGGAGUGAUGCCAUGAUCUUGGUGCUACAACAGCAUCUCGGCGCAGCAAAUUAA